AUGGAGGUUGCGAACCGAACCUGUUCCUUAUUCUGCCACUACCACAAUACGUUCGUCGUACUCCUCUCCGCGAACUCUCCCCGCGCGCGUCUAACUGGGCCAAGCCCAAUUAAACCCGGAUUCGGCGGCGGUAAUUCCCUUUGCCUUUGCCUUUGCCGUAGUGGGACACGCCCCUGCAAGGACGAUUCCGUGCGCCUCUUCUCACCAGCACAUCCACACGCCGGAUUCGAAGGCCAGAAAAUCCACCCGUCGGCGGUUGCCUCGCAUGGAGCUCCGCCCGCUGCAGCCUACCGAUACCGUGCCAGCCUCCCGCCUCCACCACUCCCGCCGGCGAGCCCCAACCUGCUCCUCCUAGGGUUGGUAUCUUGGCUCGGCACUGGUGAUGAUGAUGACUUGAAAAAAGGCAGGAGUGGGGAACAUGUCGGGAUGAGGCUGACAUUGGUGCCCUGGAUACGUGUUACGAGGCUCUUCUGUCACAGGCCAAGGUAGAAAGGGAACAAGACAUUUUUGUUGCUUUGGAUAUAGGUAUAAAUUAUGAACUACAAGAUAUGCAACUUAAGCUUCAAAAUACUAUGUUGGAGAAAAAGAAAGUUGCAGAAGUGAGGUCUUAAGAUCAUGCAUCUAUCAGUUCUUAAACACAACCUGUUUGGGACUUGGCAGCUCCAUCUCCGGCCGCCACUCUGCUCGCCGUUGCGGGAGCUGCGGCUAGCAGCUCCACCUCCGGCCGGCGCUCUGCUCGCUGUUGCAGGGGCCGCCGCUCUGCUCGCCACUGGUCCGCUCUUCUCCCCGUCGCUUCCACGACGGAGGUGGUGCGCAGGAGAUUGCCAGCGCUCGCGAACACACGCAGGGGCUCCGUGCCUUGUGCUCGCCAUCGCUGCAAUGACGAAGGUGACACCCAGGAGCUCCGCCAUCGUCUCCGGCUCGCUGGCGUAGGUCUGCAUGAUCUAUUGCUCCAGUUCCCACUGUCUAGAAACCUGCAAAUUUAAGAUCAACAAUGGGUAUGGUGAUAUAAGGUCAAUGCAAUGUAAGAUCAACAAGGGAAUGCAUGGUUACAAGGAAAUCCAAAUGAUCUUUAUGAAA